AAUAGGCGAUGGAGGAGAGGGGGUGAGAAGAAAGGGAAAAGUCUACAUAGCACUUUUAACUGUGAAAUAACAUUUUUUCUCAAACAUACUUAAAUCUGCCACUAUUUAAAGCAUCCAUGUUUUGAGGUUAUUAAGUACAAACUAAUUAAACUCAAUCUGCCUUCUUCUUCCCUUUCAACACCUUUUGGCCAAUGGAUUGGCAUAGCCUUGAAUCCAACAGUCUUAUGCAAAUCUUUUCUUCACUUGGGAAUGCCGGGAGCCUACACAGAGCUAAGCUCCAUUAUAUGUAUACGGUCUGAACUUCACAUACAGGCACAGGAAAUCCUGACCCAUCCAUGGAAUACUACCAUUUUGGGGGGUUUUGUUUGUUUUUUGUCUGUAUCCAGGGCCUGAUGGGAAAUGUGUUGGGGUAGGGCAGGAGAGGUUUCUAAUGGCAUGUCUACACUGGCAAAAUUUUGCGCUGAGAGCUUUGUUGCUGAUAAAACAGCACUUUAAAAAAAAUUGUUGUAUGGUCACUGUCUUCCACUGCUGGUAUAGUGUGUCCACACUUGCAGUGCUUGCAUCCCAAAAUUGAAGCUCUCCCCCUUCUACACUAGGUCUUGCGGGAAGAUGGAGGGGAUUAUUGUGCAUCAUGAGUCUGGGCACAAUGUCCCAUGAUGGCUUGCUUUCCAUCCUAGCAUUCCAUGUGCCUCCGUCUUCAGAUCAUGGCAUUUUUCAACAUCCCUUGUUUUUUGUUUCCCCCACUGCAUCUGUCUGCAAGAAUGGUCCCUACGUUGCUCUCCACUGCUCUGCUAGCUCUCACUAGCACAUUGUGAGUGGCAGUGGAGUCAUUAUUGAAAUGACAAAGGCACAGUUGCCUGACAUGGUGUCCAACAUGGAAAGAAGCAACAUUAGAUUGCUUUUGGAAUUCACUGAUGAACUGAAGGCAGAAGUGUGUCACACUUGAACUUGGGAAAUUAGCAAAGAGUGGUUGGAUCGCAUUGUUAUGCAAGUCUGGAAUGACAAGUGGUGGCUGCAGAACUUUUGGAUGCAGAAAGCCACCUUCAUGGAACUGUGUGCUGAGCUUGCCCUAGUCCUGAAGUGCAAGGACUGCUGAAUGAGAGCUGUCCUCUCAGUGGAGAAGAGUGUGGUGAUCGCAGCAUGGACGCUGGCAACUCUAGACUGCUUCCAGUUGGUUGUGGACCAGUUUGGAGUGGGAAAGUCAACCAUUGGUGUUGUGUUAAUCACUGAAUGCAGUAACCAUUUCUGAGGAGGCUAUCAUAUCAUGGUGAAAUAUUGUGCAGCAUAUAACUGCAGUAAUGCAGACACCAAGUUAAAUUGGAAGCAGGGAAUAACUUUUCAUAGGUUUCCCAAAGCUAAUAAGAAAAAACAACAGUGGGCCCAAGCAGUACAACGGGCUGACCUUGUGAGUGGCAAACUCUGGACUCCAUCUGAAUGGGACAUGAUUUGUUCUCUGCAUUUCAACCCUGAAUGCUUCAAAGAAACAAAUGGGAAGAAAUUUUUAAAAGAAUGGAGUUGUCCUUCUAUAUUUUCCUUUCCUGACAAUUUUCAGAAAACAGCUAACAACCCAACAAGAUUAACAGAAAACUUCAGCUGUUCUCCUGAGGUAGACAACAGGAGGGAUGUGCAAUACACAGGACACCGUAAUGACAGUCCAAAAACUCUGAAGAGGAAAUUGGAUGAACUGGUAGCAGAGAAUCACAAGCUCAAAAGAAAAUUAAAACAUGUUUCUAAUCAAGAAGAGACUCCAUAAGAAUGUGGAAAUCUUGAAGAAGUUGCAUCCUAAAGACAUGUUGUCUAGGAAAGUAACAUGUUUGCUAGAUGUGUGCAAAGGGCAUAGGCUGAAUGACAUGUCUGCUCUCCCACAGCAACCAGCUGUUGGACGAGAAAAUGUUCUCUGUUUAUUGCUAUGCAUGUCACUUUUGAAUGUAUAUUAAAUAAAAAGACAAGUAAACACUACUGAAUUUUCAUCUAAAAGCUAGAAACUUCAAAGUCAAGAUUGGCACUUGUGGUGUUCAGGGAGCAAAUGUCAGCCUUAUCUUUUAAUUCCCUGUCUCUGUUAUUUGUCACAUACUUAUUUUUUUAGAUAUAUUGUUUCACGGAGGGUGGAUGGGAGUUUUACUAUUUUUAAAUGUCUGUAGACGUUUUACUAAGUAGGUAAUAUUUACCUAAGGGCCAACCAUGGCUUUUUGGAACAUUCUAGUGUAUUAUUUCAAUAAAUAUUUAUAAUUUUACCCAAACCCAAUAAGUUAGGCAAUCUAGUCUGAUAAAUGUAUUGCAGUAUUUAUGAAAGUGUAUUAUUUCUGAUCUCUUUAAAUUUAAUCAGUAUAUUCGACUGAGUUCGAAAUAAUAUUAGUAAUGGCAAAAAGCUGAAAAGAUCAGUGUGACCUGAAGUUCUUAUGCAGUGCCUCUAAAACUUUUGGCAGUAAAAACAUCAAAGGAUCCUCAGCCAUCACAGAUUUUGUGUAUAGCACCUAUUUUAUUCACUUUGUCUUUUUCUACCCGUCUCCAUCUUAUAUAGGUGUGGGCAAUAAUUUUGAGGGGGGCACUUCACUAUCUUGGUAAGUGGUCAAGGGCUGCACUCUUCUGUGGAGGGGUUGUAGAAGGUGCAGAAGAAAGCUUGGGUGGAGAAGGGGGUUGUGACCUUGGUAGGAAAUAGGGUGCAGAGUCUGGGAGGCGGUAUAGAUGCAGGAGAGAAUUAUGGCUUGGGGAGGAAUUUAGAAAGGGGUGCAGGAUCUGGGAGGGAGUGUGGAGGGUUUGGAUGGUGACCUGGGCCAGGGAAGGACGAGGGUGCCAGAGGCAGACUGUGGCCAGGAGGCACUUACCUA